CCCACGAUCAUAUUGAUAUCUAGCAUAAACUCAUUGGCGCAUCAACGCCGAGGUUCCUAUACGGUGCUGCUGAGGUAGUGCGUCAAUGGCGAUGGCUUCCUCGAUUCGGCCUUCAAUUGGCCGAAUAUUAAACCCCGCCGUGGGCCAGCAUACCGCAAACCCAUCCUCCUUCCUCGCCUUAUUCUCGAGGGUUACAGCUCAAAGCUGCCCCUUCUCCACGACACCAGAGCUCAAUGAGCGGCGGCCUCGUCGCGACAACAAUCGAUUACGUGGGUUGAGCAGUUUAUAUCGUUCCGGACCACGAGCCCGGAUGAACAUCGAGCCAAGCGAACUUCCCAAACCCUCGAAUUACAAGAAGGUAAUUGAGGUCGAUCCAAACCAUGGACUGUGGGAUUUCUUUUUCAGCAAGGAGAAGCUUCUGCCGACACCCGAAGAGAUCGAGGAAUACGGACGCGCAUGGACUGCUGAGGAGCUACGACAUAAGAGCUGGGAGGACCUACAUGCGCUCUGGUGGGUAUGCGUGAAGGAGCAGAACCGCAUUAUUACGGCUGUGCGAAUGUUCAAGACAUUUAGGUUCAAAGAUAAGACAAGUCUUUUACGUAGACUGGGAGAGGUCAAGAAUACCAUGAUGAGGAUUAGGCACGUGCUGACGGAACGAUUCUACCUAUGGGAGGAUGCGAGGGCCCUGGCUGUGUCGGAUCCGGAGAUCGAUUUAACCAACAUAAAGAACCCUUACACACCGAGCUCACAUGUCGAGGAAGAAUACAGUGAGGACCCAUAUGUAGAAGAAGACGCGGGGAAGGAGACAGCGACGGCGGAAGGAAAACAAGAAGGAGCAGAGAAGUCGGCCGCUGAAAAAGUCGAGCCGUCUACGAUCCCGGCUGAUGCUCCGGAGGCUCAGCAACCGUCGACGAAGAUAUAGCCGUUUGUACGUACGUAUUGAUACAAAAUAGAAGCUCUGAGAAGUGAGCGUGUAAAUAUGUACAUUAAGCCAAUGACACGCAUGAUACCACCAGUUUACAGCUCGGAAAUAGCAACAAUUGGUUAGUUUGGCUGGUUGACUUAUCGG